AUUGACCAUCCAACUUUUCUUGCUGAAGAAGAAGAAUAGUUUAUUGUUACUUGGGGAGAAAGCUUACAUUAUGACUUGACUGAUGACUGACUGUUUGCCAACGUAUUAUUUAUAAGAAAGGUUAUCAUCAGACUUUUAACUCAUAUAUUUGAAGAGGUAGAUCACAAGGGUUUCAGAGAUUGAACAUGGCAAAGCACAAUCCUGAUCUGAUAAUGUGCAGGAAGCAACCGGGAAUAGCCAUCGGACGGCUGUGCGAGAAGCAUGAUGGUAAGUGUGUAAUUUGUGAUUCUUUAGUAAGGCCAUGCACUCUUGUGCGGGUAUGUGAUGAAUGCAACUAUGGAUCAUUCCAGGGUCGGUGUGUUGUGUGUGGAGGUCAUGGGAUUUCUGAUGCCUAUUACUGUAAAGAGUGUACUCAGCUGGAGAAAGACAGAGAUGGGUGUCCCAAAAUUGUCAAUUUGGGAAGUGCCAGAACAGACCUCUUCUAUGAACGUAAGAAGUAUGGCUUCAAGAAAAGAUAGAUCAAACAUCGGAGCCUGUAUGAACAGAAAACAUAUAUUCUUCUUACACAUGGUAUCACUAAAAUACCAAUUGAAGGCUAAAUGAUCCUUCAAUGUGAAAUGAAGUGUGAUUCUAGUUUCCGGA